ACACAAACGAGUUUAUCCACACACGCAUACUAAAGUCAGCACUCGCACCCAUUCCGUAUAUAAGAACAAGAAACAAAGGGGUUUGUUUAAUUUCUGCUAUCUGGAUUCGAGGUUUAUUGGGUGAAGCUAAGAUCCAUGGGUACGAACCGGGUCGGCGUUGGCUCCGUUUAUCUACUAGCGUGUUUGAUUUUAGGAGCUCUAAGAUCAUGCAAUGGAGGGAUCAGCAGUAGCUAUGCCAGAAGCAACAGCAUUAGUGCUGAUAUGCCGUUAAACAGCGAUGUUUUUGCAGUUCCUCCUGGUUAUAAUUCUCCUCAACAGGUUCACAUAACACAAGGGGAUCACGAAGGUAAAGGAGUGAUUAUUUCUUGGGUUACACCAGAUGAACCUGGUUCAAGUGAAGUCAUUUACUGGGCUGAAAAUAGUGAGCUCAAAAAACACGCAGUAGGAACCGUUGUCACCUACAAGUACUACAACUACAGCUCACCGUACAUCCAUCACUGCACCAUCAAGAACCUUGAAUAUGACACCAAGUACUUUUACGAAGUCGGAAUUGGAAACGCCAAACGACAAUUUUGGUUCAUUACGCCACCUGAAGUGGGGCCCGAUGUGCCUUAUACUUUCGGUCUUAUUGGUGAUCUUGGUCAAACAUUUGACUCGAAUCGGACUUUGACUCAUUAUGAGUCAAACCCGGCGAAAGGGAAAGCCGUGUUGUUUGUUGGAGACCUUUCAUAUGCGGAUGCAUACCCGUUGCAUGAUAAUAACAGGUGGGAUUCAUGGGCAAGGUUUGUUGAAAGAAGUGUUGCUUACCAACCAUGGAUUUGGAGUGCUGGGAAUCAUGAAAUCGAUUUUCUUCCUGAAUAUGGUGAGACAGAACCAUUCAAGCCUUAUACACACCGCUAUUAUGUACCAUAUAAAUCAUCCGGGAGCACAUCUCCUCUUUGGUACUCAAUCAAGAGGGCUUCAGCAUACAUAAUUGUCAUGUCUUCUUAUUCAGCUUAUGGAAUGUACACACCACAGUAUAAGUGGCUCAUGAGUGAGCUACCAAAAGUGAACAGAAGUGAGACACCAUGGCUUAUUGUUGUUAUGCAUUGUCCAUUAUAUAGCAGCUAUGUGCAUCAUUACAUGGAAGGUGAAACAAUGAGAGUGAUGUAUGAACAAUAUUUUGUUCAGUACAAAGUUGAUGUUGUCUUUUCGGGACACGUUCAUGCAUACGAACGAACUGGACGCGUAUCGAAUAUUGCUUACAACAUUGAAAACGGAUUGUGCACUCCUAGAAAUGACGGAUUAGCCCCUGUUUACAUAACCAUUGGGGAUGGAGGAAACCAAGAAGGAUUACUCUAUGAAAUGGUUGAUCCACAACCAAGGUAUUCAGCAUAUAGGGAACCAAGUUAUGGGCAUGGGAUAUUUGAUAUCAAGAACAAGACUCAUGCAUAUUUUGCAUGGCAUCGUAAUCAAGAUGGAUAUGCUGUUGAAGGAGACUCUUUAUGGUUUGAGAAUCUAUACUGGAAAUCAUCACAGGAUUCAUUGUCUACAUCAUUUUGAGUGGAACUUCAAGAUCAUAACUUUGAAAUCCACAAAUGAAUACGUUCAUACAAAUUGUCAUAUGAUGUUUGUAAUAAUGGUAAAUGUUAAUUGUUAUGGUUAUGAUCAUGGUAUCGACAAAAAGUAUGUUAUAAAAUGAGUCGUUCAUACGAA